UGGAGCUGUAUAUAAUGGGAUUGGAGCAAACGUAACGCCCUGUCCGAAGAAGUCUUGACAUAAACAUCCUGCGUUCCAAAACCUUCUAUAUAUAUAUAUAUAUGUCUGCACGUCGAAGGUCCGAGGAAGAUUAAGUGUUGAUCAAUCCACUGGUCGCCUGUUUCUGAAUUCUCAGUUUUCUGGUGAUAUUUUUGCAAUUUCCGAGAACAUUUAUGGCGGUUGGGGUAGCCGUUAACAAUGACGGCUUGCAAUAUAAUGGCAAGGUUACAUGGUUGGUUGCGCUAUCUUGUGUUAUUGCAGCAACUGGAGGCCUACUCUUUGGCUACGACACUGGAGUAACUGGUGGAGUGUCCUCAAUGGAGCCAUUCUUGAAGAAAUUCUUUCCAGGGGUUUACAUACAGAUGAAAGAAGACACAAAGCUAAGCAACUACUGCAAAUUUGACAGCCAGCUUCUGACUUCUUUCGCCUCCUCGCUCUAUGUAACUAGCCUCAUUGCUUCUUUCUUUGCUGCAUCCAUGACUCGGGACUAUGGCCGCAAGCCAUCAAUCAUUACCGGUGGCGUCGCGUUUCUCAUCGGAGCUAUUCUAGGAGGGGCGGCUCAAAAUAUCUACAUGCUGACAAUUGGUCGUCUACUGCUAGGAGUAGGGAUCGGAUUUGCCAACCAGUCAGUUCCCCUGUACCUCUCAGAAAUGGCACCCUCUAAAUUCAGAGGAGCUUUCAACUACGGUUUCCAGUUUUGUGUUAGUGCUGGAGGUUUAUUGGCCUCGCUCGUUAACUAUGGCGUGGAAAAGAUCAAAGGUGACUGGGGAUGGCGAAUUUCCCUAGCAAUGGCUGCAUUGCCCGCCUUGGUUCUAGUUGUAGGGGCACUCUUUUUGCCAGAGACUCCAAAUAGUUUAAUUCAGCAAGGCUGUGAUCAUGGAAAAGCCAAGAGGUUACUGCAGAAAAUCCGAGGCACUGAUGAUGUCGAAGAAGAAUUUGAUGACCUUGUAACAGCAAGUGAAGCUUCAAAAGCUAUCAAACACCCGUUCAAGAAAAUUCUGCAGAGGAAAUAUAGGCCUCACCUGGUGAUGUCAGUAGCAAUUCCUUUUUUCCAACAAGUAUCGGGGGUCAAUGUGAUAGCGUUCUACGCUCCUAUACUGUUUAUGACCGUUGGUUCUGGAGUAAGUGCUUCUCUUCUUUCUACCGUUUUCCUUGGAAUAGUCGGGAUAUCCAUGACCUUCAUGUCAUCCUUGAUAGUAGAUAAGCUAGGGAGAAGGAUGGUAUUCUUUAUAGGUGGAAUUAUUAUGUUUAUUGCUCAUAUGAUGAUUGGAGGAAUAAUGGCAGCCAAAUUAGGGGAUCAUGGCGCAUUGAGCCAAGGUUACAGCUUUUUGGUUGUGAUCUUGAUUUGCAUAUACACUGCUGCUUUUGCAUUUUCAUGGGGUCCUUUGGCAUGGUUGGUUGCAAGCGAGAUUUCUCCACUGGAAAUAAGAUCAGCAGCACAAAGUAUAAAUGUGGCCGUAGGUUUCUUCUCUAGUGCCCUCAUUAGUCAGACAUUUCUAGCCAUGCUCUGCCAUUUGAAAUAUGGAACUUUCUUCUUUUUUGGCACGUGGGUGGUGUUUAUGACCGUUUUCGUUUACUUUUUAUUGCCGGAGACUAAGAAUGUACCGAUCGAAAAGAUGAAUAUAAUCUGGAGAAAGCAUAGUUUCUGGAAGAAAUUCGUUAGUGAUGGUAAAGAAUACGAGGAUAACAGGAUUGAUGAGCCUUUUCUGAGUUCCCAUGGAUAGAUCUCAUUGUUUCGCCAUAAAGAUACCCUUUAUACAAAAUAUACAAAGGGGAACAAAUGAAAAGUAGCAAUUCUUUUAACUGUUUCAUGUAAUGCCUGCAUACAGUAUUGUUCCUUGCAAUUGUUGAUGAUGUUGUCUUAUCCAAGAUUACACAUGUAUAAUGUAUUGAUGGACUCAAGUUUGUAGGUCACUUUUGUACUUUGAUUCUAUGUAAACUUUUAUUACAUUUAUUGUUUUUAGAAUUGCAGUUCAACAAA